GUAGAUGAAGCCACCUUCAAAUUGAUGAAAACACCCCGCUGCUCUUUGCCGGAUCUUGCAGAAGCAAAGUCGAGGAAGAAACGAUCUACCCAGGGAUCUACCAAGUGGAACAAAAGGAAUUUAUCCUGGAGGGUUCGAACCUUCCCCAAAGACUCCCAUCUGGGCCACGACACGGUUCGCGCCCUCAUGUACUACGCCUUGAAGGUGUGGAGUGACAUCACGCCUCUAAAUUUCCACGAAGUGGCCGGUAACAAUGCGGACAUCCAGAUUGACUUCUCCAAAACCGAUCACAAUGAUGACUAUCCCUUUGAUGGCCCGGGGGGCACGGUAGCCCACGCAUUCUUCCCAGGAGACCAUCAUACCGCUGGAGACACUCACUUUGAUGAUGAUGAAUACUGGACUUUCCGGUCAUCAGAUACGGAGGGGAUGGAUUUGUUUGCUGUGGCGGUCCACGAGUUUGGCCACGCUAUCGGCUUAGCCCACAUCUCUGCUGUGGAGUCAAUCAUGAGGCCGUACUACCAGGGGCCGGUGGGAGACCCCCUGAAAUAUGAUUUGCCCUAUGAAGAUAAAGUCCGGAUUUGGCAGCUCUAUGGAGUCAGAGAAUCCGUGUCUCCCACGGCGAAACCCGAAAUAUCGAACGCAGACGACCAUCCCAUGUUGCCAGAUUUCCCCGAGAAUCACUCCACUGUUCCGUUUAAAAGAGACGUGCCAAAUCGAUGCAGCACACACUUCGAUGCCGUGGCCCAGAUCCGUGGAGAGGUUUUCUUCUUCAGAGGCAAGUAUUUUUGGCGACUGACUCGCAACAAGCACCUGGUGUCCCUUCAGCCAGCUCAGAUCCAUCGCUUCUGGAAGGGAUUGCCUCUCAACCUGGACAGCGUGGAUGCGGUGUACGAGAGGACCCGCGACCAUAAGAUCGUAUUCUUCAAAGGGGACCGCUAUUGGGUGUUCAAAGACAACAACGUUGAAGAAGGCUACCCUCGGCCCAUCUCGGAUUUCGGCUUGCCCUUAGGAGGCAUCGAUGCAGCCUUUUCUUGGGCUCAGAACGACAAGACCUAUUUCUUCAAAGAUGAUCUCCACUGGUGCUACGAUGACCACCAGCAGAGAAUGGAGGCGGGUUAUCCUCGAGAAAGCAGGCUGUGGAAAGGCAUCCCCAGCCAGCUGGACGAUGCCACGCACUGGUCAGAUGGGGCCACCUACUUUUUCAAGGGCAAGGAAUAUUGGAAAGUUGCGGACAGCGACCUGGAGGCCGAAUCGGGCUAUCCCCGCUCGAUUGCAAAAGACUGGCUGGUGUGCAGCGACAUGCAGGCCGAUGCGCCGGAGCCAGCCGGACGUUCCAGGACCAGGGGACGCUCCCAACAGGGAUACCACGACGAAAGCCGAUCGGAAAGUGAAGUCUGCUCCUGUACCUCGUCUUCCUCUGACGUCCGGCCUCGCAGCUGCCUCAGACUCGGCGGGGUCCUGGUCUCGGUCGCUCUGUGGACAGCGGUGUUGACGCACGGACCUCUAUGA